GAACUAAUUUGUGACAUUAAAAUUUUUAUCAAAUUGGUGGUGUGGUUUGGCUUGAAAAAAUAAAUUGCUUUAUCUUUCGGAAAUAUUAAAACUUGCAGUCGUCAACCAUGGCCAGCGUGGAAAAAAUUACUAAGACGGCCAACUUUUUAAAGGUUGCUCCUGGGAAAAUCGGCUACAAUUCGGAAAAAAUAAUAACCCGGUACAUUCCGAAGACAAACGAAAGCAUUUCGGGAUUUUCGUCCAUCAUCGUCUCGCUGGCCCGCGAGAGUAAAAACGACAUUAUUCGCGACAGCUUUAAAGACAUCGAGACCGAACUUCAGAUCUGCCAGUGGAUCGAUUACUCGGUUCUGUUUGUUUCCCCGGCCGCAAAGGAUAAACAUGUUGCUAAAGCUCUCCUGGAGGAACUGGACAACUUUCUUCAAACUCGCUCCUAUUUGCUCAACCAUACACUAAGUCUGGCUGACGUUGUAGUGUUUUAUGCCAUCCAGGACACAAUGGUUAAUCUGCAGCAUCUCGACAAGGAGCGCUUCCUGAAUUUGUCCAGGUGGUUCAAUCACCUGCAGCAGCAGAAAGCCAUCCGUCAAGACGAGGUUUUAAUCAACUUUUCCACCCUGCAAUUGCUUGGGUGGGCCACAGGAACCCACGUUUAGGUGUGUUUUAAUCAACUUGUGUAUUAUAUUUAAUUGAAAAGUCAAGAAUCUGCUUUGAAAAAAGGG